AUGAAGAAUUAUUCCAUGAAACAGCAACAGCAACAGCAGUACCAUCAGCAACAGAAGCACCAUCAGCAGUAUCACCAUUGUUGUAACAACAUAUCCAAUAAUGAACAUGAUUCAUUCUUAUUUAUUAAUUUUUCAUUUGGAAAUGAGGAAUGGGAAUUUAUUUCAAGACCUUAUCAUAUAUUCAUUCACAAGAUGGAAGAAUUAUUAUUUAAUAAUAAUAAUAAUAAUAAGGAUUCUAAUACUAUGAAUAUGAAUACUACUACUAUGAAUAUUACCAUGAAUAUGAAUACUACUACUAUGAAUAUGAAUACUACUACUAAUAACACCACCAACAGCACCACCACUACUAUUGAUACCACCAAUACUACUUCAACAUGGAUUCAUCAACAAGCACAAGAAUUGAUUCAAGAGGAAUUGAAACACAUUUCUUCAAUCACUUCCAACAACAUGCUGUCCUUAUCAUCUUCUCCAAAUCAUCUUAUCGACGACGACGAUGAAGACAACAACAAGCAUUCUACUCCUUGUUCUCAACACUAUCUAUGGAUCUAUCAAAUCAUGUUAAAAGAUUUAUUGGAAUUAUUCAACAAUCCUUCCAUGAAAGAUACACCACAACAAUCACUACAACAAUCUACAUUUCGAUUAUGGACAUUUGAAAUUUUAGAAAAACAAUAUAAGGAGCGAUUAAGUGAAGAAAUGCAUGAUUUAUUUCAUUUUACUUUUAUGGAUGACGAUGAGAGAGGAAUCUUGGAGAAUCCAUCCACCAACUCAACCACAACAACCAAAACCUCAAUCACAAGUUCUCAUCAUGGAGACAUAAGUAAAAAGAUGGUCUAUUUGGAGAGAAGUGAAUUAUAUCAUGAUCGAAUCAGGAGGAUGUGUACAGGUAGUAGUAGUGAUAUUAAUAGUAAUAUUAAUAGUAGUGACAAUAGUAGUAGUAAUAGUAGUAGCACCAGUAGUAGUAGUAAUAGUAAUAAUUCUCAUGAGAACUCUCUCAAUGAUUUUUCAUAUCUUAUUCAAUACGUUGAAAAGAAUGGAGUGGAAUCAUUGAGAAGAGAUUUCUCCAUGUUCAUUCAACAUCAAAGUGUGCAUGUGGUUGUGUCUCAAAAUGUUGAACAAGUACAACAAUUAGUAGAACAACCCCAUGAACCACUUGACAUGCAUUCCACCACUCCUUUGAACAACACCAGCAACACCACCACUCAUCACCAUGAUGGUAUUGAUAGUAGUAGUAGUAGUAGUAGUAGUAGUAGUAGUAGUAGUGAUGAUGAUGAUGAUGAUCAUGGUCAUCAAUUUACUACUACUCGUCAAGGAAUGAAGUUAUUAACAUUGUAUGAAUAUAUUUAUUGUACAUUGGACAAACAAUGUUCACCCAUAUGGGUUCAAUAUACUUCUACUACACAAGAAAAAAGAUUUAAAUUACAAGAACAAAAAAAUCCUUCCAAUGAUACUACUACUAAUGCGACUACUACUACUACCUCUACGACAUGUCCCAUGACUGUUGAAAAGAAUCCAUGUCAAUAUUGUACCAGUAUGGUAUUGUUGAAAACAAUGACUAUUAUUACCACUCGUACCUCCAACAUGACCAACAUGACCAACAACCACAUCAACCAUUCUUCUUCAAUGAAUACCAUGAACAACUCCAACACCACCACUAACACCACCACUGAAUCUUCUUCUUCUUAUCAAUUAGUUGCAGUUAAUCAUAGACCAAUGAUUGAUUUAUACUUUGAUGAUGGAUUAGAUAGUGAUUUAAUAGUGAAAAGUACUGAUUUAGAUUUUGAAAAGGAACAUUAA